AAGUUUCGCAUAAGAAAGAAAAAACACAUGCUCUGUUCUGCAACCUUCACAAAUUUUCAUUCUCUCACAGCAUGGGCCACUUAUCCAUUACCAUUACUUUAAUCUCUUUCAUUUUCCUAACUCACUACCACCAACUCGUUCACGCCGAGUCACCAACUCAGCCACCAUACUCCUGUGACAUCUCCAACCCACUUACAAAAUCCUAUGCCUUCUGCAAUCUCAAACUUCCCAUCAUUGAAAGAGCCAAAGACAUUGUUUCACGACUCACAUUGGAUGAGAAACUCGCUCAACUCGUUAACACCGCUCCCUCGAUUCCACGACUCGGUAUACCGAGUUAUCAAUGGUGGAGUGAAGCGUUGCACGGUGUUGCUAACGCUGGUAAAGGGAUAAGAUUGAAUGGAACUAUUAAAGCAGCAACUAGUUUUCCUCAAGUUAUUCUCACUGCUGCUUCUUUUGAUUCCAAACUCUGGUAUCAAAUCAGUAAGGUGAUUGGAACUGAAGCGAGAGGAAUAUACAAUGCUGGACAGGCAGAGGGGAUGACAUUUUGGGCACCAAAUAUAAACAUAUUUAGGGACCCAAGAUGGGGAAGAGGUCAAGAGACAGCUGGAGAAGAUCCUUUGGUAAAUGCAAAGUAUGGUGUUUCCUAUGUGAGAGGUCUUCAAGGUGAUUCCUUUAACGGUGGGAAAUUAAUUGGUGGAGAGCGUCUUAAAGCCUCUGCUUGUUGCAAACACUUUACUGCCUAUGAUUUGGAUAAUUGGAACGGUGUCGAUCGUUUUGAUUUUGAUGCUCAUGUUACUUUGCAAGAUUUGGCGGAUACUUACCAACCACCAUUUCAGAGUUGUAUACAGCAAGGUCGAUCUAGUGGAAUAAUGUGUGCUUACAAUCGUGUCAAUGGUGUUCCAAAUUGUGCAGAUUUCCAUCUGUUAACCAACACAGCAAGAGAAAAAUGGAAUUUCAAUGGGUAUAUUACGUCGGAUUGUGAAGCAGUAGCUAUCAUACAUGAGAGGCAAGGUUAUGCAAAAACAGCAGAGGAUGCUGUAGCUGAUGUCCUUCAAGCUGGUAUGGAUGUUGAAUGUGGUGACUACAUAACUAAGCAUGCAAAAUCAGCAGUAUUACAAAAAAAAGUACCUAUAUCACAGAUCAACCGUGCCCUUCACAAUCUGUUCUCCAUUAGAAUAAGACUAGGCUUAUUUGAUGGAAAUCCAACCAAACUCAAAUAUGGAACAAUUGGUCCAAAUCAAGUAUGCUCUAAACAGAACCUACAAAUAGCCUUAGAAGCUGCAAGAAGUGGCAUAGUCCUUUUAAAAAACACUGCCAAACUUCUCCCACUUCCAAAAUCAAACCCUAGUAUAGCAUUGAUAGGUCCUAAUGCCAAUGCUUCAUCACAAGUUUUUUUAGGAAACUAUUUUGGUCGUCCUUGUAAUUUGGUAACUUUAUCACAAGGCUUUGAGAAUUAUGCUAAGAACAUAAUUUAUCACCCUGGAUGUAGUGAUGGAACAAAGUGUCUCUCAGCUGAAAUAGACCAAGCAGUGGAAGUUGCAAAGAAAGUUGAUUAUGUUGUUUUGGUUAUGGGGUUGGAUCAAAGUCAAGAGAGGGAAUCACAUGAUAGAGAUCACUUAGAGUUGCCAGGGAGGCAACAGGAGCUUAUUAAUAGUGUUGCAAAAGCUUCUAGAAGACCUGUUGUUUUGGUGCUGUUGUGUGGUGGUCCUGUUGAUAUAAGUUCAGCUAAGUUUGAUGACAAAAUUGGAGGUAUUUUGUGGGGUGGUUAUCCUGGUGAACUUGGAGGAUUGGCUCUGGCACAGAUUAUCUUUGGUGAUUAUAAUCCAGGGGGAAGAUUACCAAUGACUUGGUACCCAAAAGAUUUCAUCAAAACACCAAUGACAGACAUGAGAAUGAGAGCUGAUCCAUCAUCAGGCUAUCCUGGUAGAACCUACCGUUUCUACAAAGGUCCAACGGUGUAUGAAUUUGGUUAUGGCCUAAGCUACACAAAAUAUUCCUACCACUUCAUUUCUGUCACAAACAACAACCUUCACAUCAAUCAAUCAUCCACUCAUUCGAUCAUCGAAAACUCCAAAACAAUCCGUUACAAACUCGUUUCCGAGUUAAGCGAAGAAACAUGCCAAACCAUGUCUUUUUCUGUCACAUUGGAAGUUACAAAUAAUGGAAGCAUGGUGGGGAAGCAUCCAGUGUUGCUGUUUAUGAAACAAAAGAAAUAUAGAACUGGAAAUCCAAUGAAACAGUUGGUUGGUUUUGAAAGUGUGAAACUAGGAGCUGGUGAUAAAGGUGAAGUUGGAUUUGAAGUAAGGGCUUGUAAGCAUCUUAGUAGAGCUAAUGAGAGUGGUGUUAAGGUGAUUGAAGAAGGUUCUUAUUUGUUGUUUGUUGGAGAGGAAGAGUACCCAAUAAAUAUCACUGUUUGAUGUAUUGAGUUUUUAAUCAAGUAAAGGCUAGAAGCUAUCUAAUUUAAUUGCAAUGUGAAUUUGUUUGUGUAAUGGAAAGCUUGAUUUGAUCAUCUGAUGAAAUAAACAUACAUUUGCAAAAUGUGAUAAUGGAGACAAAAAAUAAUCCUGGUUUGAGUAA